CAAAAACUUGCUGCAAAAAAUCAAUAUCUUGCUGCAGAAAAACAAUAUCUUGCUGCAAUAGACAAAUUAUUAAAGGUUGCUUGCGCAUCUGAUGAUCAUACAAAAGCUUUUGAGAUUCUUCAACAAAUUCAAAAUGAAGGUAAUGAUCAGACUAAAGAAGCCUCUAGACUUGGUCAUACUCAUGCUAGGGUUUGGGCUAAUAUUUAUAAUUCAUCUGAUGAUUUUGGUGCAAGUGUGGUUAUCGACCAAAAUAUG